CUUUCAGUUUCGUUUAGAAUUUAGAAGUACGGUAUUAGUAAAAAUUUGACUAAAUAAACUUAAAUACAAAGUAAUUUAGUACGUAAUGACAAAUUUUACAGUUUGUUUAGCAUUGCCUGAAGGAUUUUGUUAGAACCCAAGUCUUGACGUAGAGAUUCCUUUUGUAUAAUAAUACGCGUACAGAGUACUACUCGUACGAUUUCUGCUGUCUGGUUGGGGACUAUUUCUACACUCGCUACCAUGUCGGACGAAGAAUUUGAUGGUGAUGAUGAGAUCGGAGAUCUUGCGGCGAAACGUCAGAAGUUCAUUCAUUUCGGUAGUCUCGACCAGCAGAGCCUGCCACAGGAAUCAGAUUCCCGACAAACAGCCUCCGGUACGCCUGCAACCGACGAGUACUUUGAUUUGGAACAAGUGCCAGACACUGCCCGAGAUGAGGCGCUGGCAGAGUUUGAAAGGCGAAAGCGCGCUCGCCAAAUCAAUGUCCCGACGGACGACAUCGAGAUCCAGAUUCAGCUGCGUGCCAUUGGCGAGCCCAUUUGUCUGUUCGGAGAGGACAAACAGGACAGGAGAGAGCGAUUGCGGAAACUCUUAUCGGUCAUUGGGGACAUUCAGCAGUUUCAGAAGCAGAAAGAAGAGGACAGAAAAAGAAAAGAACUCGACACGACUACCUGGUACCAUGAAGGCCCCGAAAGCCUACGUUUAGCUCGUUUAUUCUUGGCACAGUAUUCACUUCCGCGCUCGAAGUUGCGCCUGGAAAAACAACGAGAUCUGGCCAAAAUUCCCGCGUCACAACGGAUGGCGGUAACCCAGGAUGCGCAUAAAAGGCUGCGGGAGUUCACAAAUUAUUGCAGUCAGAUUGGUGAUAAUCGUCCCCUGUCGUACUGUUCCUUCAGCCCAAACUCACAGUUGUUGGCUACAUCUUCCUGGAGCGGAUUGUCUAAAAUUUGGACUAUUCCGGAGUGUAAACCUGUGAGGACGCUUCGGGGACACGCGAUACAAGUCGGAUGCAUUGUUUUUCAUCCUCAAUCUACAAUCGGUCAGGAUGAAAAAGCUCUGAAUCUGGCUUCGUGCGCCGCGGAUGGUACCGUUAAACUGUGGAAUCUUACGGAUGAUACUCCUAUUGGGAGUUUAGACGGCCACCAGCCGCAGAGAGUAUCGAGGGUGCAGUUUCAUCCUAGUGGAAAAUUUCUGGGCACUUGCUGCUUUGAUCAGUCAUGGCGGCUGUUUGAUAUGGAAAGCAGUAAGGAAUUGUUGCACCAGGAGGGUCACUCGAAGGAAGUGUACUGCAUUGCUUUCCAUCCGGACGGAUCACUGGCUUUGACCGGAGGAUUGGAUUCGUAUGGACGAGUAUGGGACAUCCGCACCGGACGUUGUAUUAUGUUUUUGGAAGGACACUUGAAAAGUAUCCUGUCUGUGGAUUUUGCUUCUAACGGUUACCAUAUGGCCACCGCCUCUGAGGACAAUUCCUGCAAAAUCUGGGAUCUUCGUCAGCGAGCGAUUAUCUAUUCCAUUCCGGCACAUACGCAACUGGUGUCUUCGGUCCAGUUUGAACCGAACAACAGUAUGCACUUAAUUACGGCGUCUUAUGACCGAACUGUCAAAUUAUGGGCGCAUCCCGGAUGGACGCUAUUGAAAACUUUAUCGGGACACGAAAACAAAGUGAUGCAUACCACAAUGUCGCCGGAUCUAAAAUAUAUCGCCAGUGCGUCCUAUGAUCGAACAUUUAAGUUAUGGGCUCCGGAAUAAAAUAAUCCGUGAUUUUAUUCGACGUAAUAUGCAAAUCGAAGGUAAUUUCUAAAAAAUAUCACAUCCAGAAAUUUGGACAGAAGAACUGGAAAAGGACUAUUAAAUAUGAUAUCAUUCCUGCGCAUUAUCCGUGAACUGGAUGAGAUCGAUAAUUAAUUCCGUCUUGGGUUCCGCUGAAAUUUCAUUGCGCUCAGUCUUUCCGUCCCAAUCCAGAAGUAUCUUUCCCGACAGUCGACGAUCGCCUGCGGUCUGUAGCAUCAUUUCUUAUGGCUUUGUUGGAACUUCUUUGACGCAUAACAUUGUUGAAAACGGUCAAUCCAACGGCCAGUACGUUUCCACAAAUAAUUGGUCCCAACAUAUUACAGUAAGGAUAUCACUGUAUUCGAAGUUGAUGCAAUAGUUUAAAAGUUUCGAAAGUGUGAAAUUGAUUGACUGAAUUUGCUCGUUUGAUGUUUCUUGGUUUUAUACCGAUGGAAAUGACGGGAUGUAAUCGGAAAAAAACACAAGGCGUGACUUAUUUAUUUUGAUUUGCGCAGUUGCCAGUGGCAUUGACUUGCCGGUUAGUUCGUCGGAAGAAUCAUCAUCCGGAAAUAAGUCAAAAAUAUCUGCCGAAACUCCGACCGCAGUUCAUUUUAAGACGUCAAUUGUUUACGACAAAAAAUUCCGAAGAGCGUUAAAGCAAUACAUUGCGCCUGCGGCAAUAUGUGUCACGAUUCCAUAAAUAAUCAUCGCUUGCGGUUUGCCGGGUAGUACU